AUGGCAGUCUUUUUUGUGCUGUUCCUGUUUGGUCACACCGUGAGCUGCGGACACCGAAAGCUUUGGCUGGACAAGCUCUGCAUCCCACAAUCCGACGAGUCUGUCAAGGAGAUGUUUGUUCGUUCGCUGCCCGACUUUGUGCGCCGCUCUUCUCACAUGGUGGUGCUUUGGGACGAAAGCUACUUCGAGCGUUUAUGGUGCAACUUAGAGUUUGCGAUGUUCAUCAAGACUCGCGUUGACGACAGUAGCCGUGCUCUGGCGGUUGUGCCUGUGUGGCUGCCCCCGUGGUUGCUGCUGACGAUGCUGCUUGACUGGGUCAGCGUGCGCUUCUUGGUGCUCCCGGUCGAGACAUUGGCGCAAAGCCUGCCGGGGUAUCAAGCAUUGGGGGCGCCAUCAUCUCACUUUGACAGCUUCAUGCAGUCCGUCUGCUAUAACUGGGCCAAUGCCGUCGCGUACCUGCCUGCAGCACUGGCCACGGCGAUAUCCUUCAGGUUUAAGCUGGCGCAGCAUGGUUUCAUGUUGGACCAGCUGGCUGACUUCGACGUACGAGCCGCGAAAUGUAGCGUCCAUGCCGACAGGGCGAUGUUAGAGUCGGAGAUUGCUGAGCUCUACGAUGAGAUCGGUUCUUUGCCCGAAACUGUUGUGCUUGCUUCGUCUUCGGUUUACAUGGACUCGCGGGAAGUACAGCAAGAGCGGGAGCGAUUGCUGGAGGAAGCAGUAGUGCUCAGGAGCCCGCAGGUUCGGCCCCUCACCAGCUUUCCAAGCCACGCCGAGUGCCUCGAGCUCUUCAAUGCAGACGUCCGUGGCCCGCUGCGCACAGCUAUUCUGGCCCACUCGGGAGGUGCCACAGACCUACCCCUGGGGGUUUGCAUGCUGGCUUCCUUGCCCUUGUGGCUCUUCCUGCUCUCCUGCUCUUUCUUGCUGUGCGAUGGCUUCGGCACGUGUGACGACGCCCUGGAGUACGAGGGCUACCCGUCUUUCCUCGCGCUCUAUGCAGCCGACUGUGGAUACAUCUUCUUCUACGCCAUUUCCGUUUCGACCAUUUUCCCAUGCCUGCUGAGGAUCCUAAAUUGGGGCCUUUCGAUGGCAACUUGCUGGGCGCUGCGUGCUGUCGUCACCUUCCUUGGGGCCCUGCUGACGUACGUCUACAUCUUUACCUUGCUAGGAGCAACCAAUGGCUGUGUGAUGGCCCUUGUGGUGAAAGGGCCCACCUUCAGCUGGCUCCUGCUCUUGAGCUUUUUCUCUGCGGUGUCUGUGGGCCAGUGGCUCAUGUUCUUCUUUCCGGACCGAAGGUCCUUGCCAACCCUUGCCCAAUCUUCCAGGUGCUUGACAUGCUUCGGCAGGUGA